CUAGGGAGACACGCGUACGGCAAAGAUGGCGGAGCGCGCGAGGCGGGCGAGGCGGGCGAGGCGGGGACUUCCGGUCCUGCGCAGUGCGCUCGGAGGGAGAUAAGAGGAACUGAAUGCUGCGUCUGGGCGCGAGAGCGGGGAAGGAGGCUGAGGCGACGCCAUGGCCCAGGCCAACGACUCGGCCGUCACCAUCGCCUCCAUCCCGUCCUCCUCCUCUGACAGCAGCUGCCUCAUCCUGGACGACGACGAGGAGGAGGAAGAAGAAAGAGAAAGAAGGCAGCCAGGGGCAGGGGAGGCCUCCAAGAAGGGCCCCGAUGCCCCCGAGAAGAAGCCCGAGGAGCGGCCUGCCCCACACGCCAACGGCCGGGCCCCCUCCGCCGCCCACACCGGCCUCCGGGCCGAGAACGAGCGCCUCUUCGCCGAGUUUGUGGCCUUCUGCACACAGCACACGGCGGACCACCCGGAGGUGAUGCCUUACCUGGCGGCCCGGCACCAGAAGGCGGAGGGGCCCUUCCUGGCCUCGGUGGAGUUCCGCAACAUCCUGGGCCGCUGCCUGAGCCGGGUCCAGUCCCGCCGCAGCAAGGUCUACGUCUACAUCAACGAGCUCUGUGCCGUCUUCAAGAACCACUCCCAGCGCAGGAGGGUCCCCAUCACCACGGAGGGGGCCCCGCCCGAAGGCCCCUCCGCCCCCCCGGAGGAAGGCCCCGCCCCCGAGGCACCCCCUGCGGAGCCCCCCAAGGCCCCCCCGCCCUCCUCCUCCUCCUCCAGCAGCUCCCGGCGGCAGAUCCGGUACCUGGAGAACCUGCUGCGCCUGUACGCGGAGGAGAUCCGGCGGCUGCAGGAGCGGGAGCUGAACCUGGAGGAGCUGGACGAGGAGGACUCGGCCUACCUGCAGGAGGGGCGGCUCAAGCGGCGCAUGAUGCUGGUCUUCCGCCGGCUGUGCGCCCUCAAGGACUGCAACGGCCUCACCGGGAGGGUCAUCGAGCAGCGCAUCCCCUACCGCGGCACCCGCUACCCGGAGGUCAACCGGCGCAUCGAGCGGCUCAUCAACCGCCAGACCGAGGCCUUCCCCGACUACGCCGACAUCCUCAAGGCCGUGCAGAAGGCCAGCGCCCGCCACAGCCUGGGCCUCCCCAAGAAGCAGAUGCAGAGCAUGGCCGCCGACGCCUUCCGCGAGGUGGGCAACCGGCUGCAGGAGCGCAGGCACCUCGACCUCAUCUACAACUUCGGCAGCCACCUCACCGACCAGUACAGGCCUGGCACGGACCCUGCGCUGACGGACAAGGCCCUGGCGCUGCGGCUGAGGCAGAACCGGGAGCGGGCCGUGCAGCGCCUGGAGGAGGUCACCUCGCAGUUUGCGCAGCUGCAGGACCAGAGCGAGGAGCAGGAGUGGCGCCGGCGCAGGAAGGGCGGGCGGGCCCCCACCCCCACCCACCCCGGACCCUCCGCCCACAAGGAGACCACCCCCCAAAAGGGCAGCCAGAGUCCAAAGCAGGGCAGCAAAGGGUCCCCCAGGGAGGAAGAGGAGGAGGAGGAAGAGGAAGACGAGGAGGAGGAGGAAGAGGAGGAUUCCUCCCUGGAGUGGGACAUGGAGGAGGACCUGGCCAAGUGCCUGGAGGGCGAAGAGGACGAGGAGGAGGAGGAGGGGCCCCCACCAGAUGAGGAGCCCCCGGCGCAGGAGGUGGAGGCCGACCAGCGCAUGGACCUGGAGGUGGUGGAGGUCAUGUCUUCCUCUGCAGAAGACGAGGAGGAGGACGAGGAAGACGAGGAGGAGGAGGACGAGGAGGAGAGCGAUGCCCGCAGCAGCCAAGGAGCCGGAGGGGCGGAGGAGGGCCAGCCGGGGGCCCUGGAGGCGCCCCUCGCCCCCCAGGCGGGGAAGCCACGCCUGCCGGAGAAGAGGGAGACCCCUCCGCCCUCCCCCAUCCUGUCGGACCGGGCGGCCUCCAAGCGGAAGGGGGGGCUCCAGGAGAACGGGGGCUCCCCCCAGGCGGGGCUCACCAGCAUCCAGGGCCUCAACGGACAGCCUCCGGGGAAGCGGGCCAGGACGGAGCGGCGGGGGUCCAACAGCAGUUGCAUCGAGGUCCCCAGCACGGGCUCCUCGGAGGCGGAGGAGGAGGAGGGCGGCCACGAUGCCGAUGCUGAGGUGGUGCUCUUUCGUCCGCUGCCCCCCGCGGCCCCUCCGCAGCCGGACUCCACCUGUGCCGACUCCCCCGGGCAAGGCCUGGUCUCCAGCUCCCUGGGAAGCCCUCCGCGCCAGCAGACCACCAAGACGAGUGUGGCCACGCAGUGCGACCCGGAGGAAGUGAUUGUCUUGUCGGACUCCGACUAGCCCUCCCCUCCCCUCCCCUCCCCUCCCCAUGGGUGUCUGCAGUGUUGGGAGCGUGUUUUGGGGAGGGGGCUGUCCCCGGACCCCGUGGCUCGGCCCAAGGAUUUUUCUAUUAUCCAGGUUUGCUUUUUUGGAAAGAGGGAGGGGGGGGAGGGAGGGAGGGGAGGGAGGAGCCUUUCAAUUCUUCCCUUUUUUUAAUUCAUCCCCUUUGGGGGCUACUUUCUUUUCGUCUUUGUAUAUUUAUGCUUUUGGUCUUUUCUUUCUUUGGAAAUUGUGGGAUUUGGGUUUUUUUUUUUUUUCCAAACAACAAACAAAAAAAACAGGAUGGAAUAAAGAAUAUUUUUGUGUA